AUGCCCGCUCCAAGAAACGAUCGCAAAACAGAGAUCAUGCCGCCAAAGAGAAAGUCAGCUCCGGCAGAGGAGGCAGAGGCGCCGCGCCGGUCAACGCGGCAACGGACCUCAGCUGCACACGAGCCUGCACCACCGCCGCCAAAGAAAACCGCCAAAGCGCCGGCCAAGGCAAAGGCUGCUGUGAGCAAGAAGAAGGCAGACGAGCAACAAGAAAAGCCCAGCAAGGGUAAGAUCGCGAAGGCAUCAGAGCCCAAGAAGGCAGCCAAAGCUUCGAGUGAAGCAAAGCCUGUCGCCAAUUGCUCAUCUGCGGACGGAGAGAAGAACUACUGGCUCUUGAAAGCCGAGCCCGAGUCGCGGCUGGAGAACGGGAUCGACGUCAAGUUCUCCAUCGAUGACUUGGCUGCCAAGACGGAGCCUGAGCCAUGGGACGGUAUUAGGAACUAUGUUGCGCGCAACAACCUCCGCGCCAUGAAGAAGGGCGAGCUCGCAUUCUUCUAUCACUCUAACUGCAAAGAACCGGGCAUAGCAGGAACAAUGGAGAUUGUGCAGGAGCACUCCCCAGAUCUAUCCGCCCACGACCCCAAAGCACCCUACUACGACGCCAACUCCAAGCCGUCAGACCCCAAAUGGAGCGUAGUGCACGUCAAGUUCCGGAGCAAGUUCGCCGUGCCGAUCACGCUCAAGGAGCUGCGGGAGAUGGGCGGCGCCGGCAAGCCGCUGGAGAACAUGCAGAUGCUGAAGCAGUCGCGGCUGAGUGUCAGCAAGGUGAGCGCAUCCGAGUGGGAGUAUCUGGUCGGGGUCGCGGAGGAAAAAGCCAAGAAGGCCAGUUGA